AUGGACGCUCGCAUCGAUGCGCUCGUGAUGCGCCUGCACGAGAUCGAGGCGGUGAAGUUCGGGGAGUUCACGCUCAAGUCUGGGAUUGUGUCGCCGAUUUACGUCGAUCUUCGAGUGAUCGUGUCGUACCCGGACGUUCUGAGUUCGGUCGCGGAGUGCAUGUGGGACGUGCUGAAGGCGAACGGCGCGACGUUUGAUAACAUGUGUGGGGUGCCGUACACGGCGCUGCCGAUCGCUACGUGCAUGUCGCUGGCGCACGACUGCCCGAUGGUGAUGCGUCGUAAGGAGGUGAAGGCGUACGGGACGAAGAAGCAGAUCGAGGGGGCGUUCGAGGCUGGACAAACGUGCCUGUGCGUUGAGGACUUGGUCACGUCCGGGGCGUCCGUGAUGGAGACUGUGGAGCCGCUCGAGCGCGUUGGACUCAAGGUGAAGGACGUGGUGGUGCUCAUCGAUCGCGAACAAGGGGGCGAGGCGCGCUUGGCGUCCCACGGUCUUCGCUUACACUCCGUCCUGCCGCUGUCCCGCGUCCUGCGCACGCUCGAGGCGAACGGCAAGAUGAGCUCCGAGCUCGUUCAAACCGUCAAAGACUUCAUUGCGGCGAACCAAACCAUGCCGGCCGCAGGCGAACAGGCGAAGAAGCCGACGCGCAUGUCGUACACGGCUCGCUCCGAGCUCACUGACAACGCGUGCGCGAAGCAGUUGUUCAACUUGAUGGAGACGAAAAAGACCAACUUGUGCGUCGCCGCCGACGUUAACACGGCGAAGGAAUUACUGGAACUCGCCGAGGUUCUCGGGCCGGAAAUUUGCAUGCUCAAGACGCACUGUGAUCUUUAUCCGGAUUUCACUGAGUCAUUUGGCGAACAGCUCAUGGCCAUCGCGGAGAAGCAUAACUUUAUGAUCUUCGAAGACCGUAAGUUUGCCGAUAUCGGUAACACCGUGGUCGGUCAGUACAGCAGUGGCGUGCAUAAGAUUGCGGAUUGGAGCCACAUCACGAAUGCGCACAUCGUUCCGGGUAGCGGCAUCAUCGAUGGCUUGAAGUCUGUUGGUCUCUCCAAGGGCCGAGGUCUGCUCCUUCUCGCGGAGAUGAGCUCCAAGGGGACAAUGGCCAAGGGUGAGUACACUGAAGCCGCCAUCGGUAUGGCCGCCCAGCACCCUGACUUCGUCAUGGGCUUCAUCUCUACCAACCCCAAGGCGUGGAAGGCGGAGUGGAGCAAGGGUCUGAUCAACAUGACCCCGGGUGUGCAGUUGCAACAAGGCGGCGACGCCAUGGGCCAGCAAUACAACACUCCGCACAACGUCAUCGUGGAGAACGGUAGUGAUGUUAUCAUCGUCGGCCGUGGCAUCUACAGGGCGGCAGAUCCGGCCGCCGCGGCUAAGGAGUACCGCGCCGCUGGCUGGGAGGCGUAUCAAACAUCGAUUUCGGCUUAG